AUGGAUGAAUCGUAUCUGCAGUAUCAAAAGACAUUGGUUCGUUACAAUAAUCCCAUUUUGGCUUCGAAGCAAAAGAUUAAGAAAAAUGAAAAUGAGCGUUUAAAUGAACCUAAAGAUGAUGGUCGAAAUUUUUCUAUAAAAAAUUCUAUUCAAAACGAAACGGAAGAAAUACUGAACUCGUUUUUACCUGUGAGAUCUUGGGAAGAAAAUGGAAAGUUGUGGAUCCAAACUUAUUCAAGCAGCCCUGCUACACGUCAAGAUGUCAUUUAUCUCACAGAAACAUUAGAUUCUCGUUUGGCACAAAAUAAUGCUCGUGAAAUUGGAAUUUGUCCUAUUCGUAGAGAAUUAUACAAUCAAUGUUUUGAUGAGGUGAUUCGCCAAGUCACAAUAUCAUGCACUGAACGUGGUUUGUUACUGCUUCGUGUUCGUAACGAAAUAAACUUGAAGGAACAAGCAUAUCAAAACUUAUACAGCAGUUCGAUUGCAUAUGGAUUGAGAAAAACUUUAUAUGAACAAGAAAUUAAAGAAAAGAUUCUGGAACGAAGUUAUCAACUUGAACAAGAAAUAAAACAAGUUAAAGCUUCCCUUAAUGACCUGAAAAUGAAAAUUGAUCUUAUUAAGCUAGAGAAUGAUACAUUGUGGGAGGAAAUGAAAAAGAAACAUAAUGAAGAAUUAACAUUACAUAAAGCUACAAAUUCUCAACUAAUGGCACAACUUCUUGGAAUUGUUGAUAUAAAAAAAUAA